GACUCACAUGCUGGUCAAUUCGCAAACUAAUUCAGGCUAGUGUUAAGCGCUGAGAGGGUUACAGUGACGGGAUGGAUGUUCCAGGACCUGAUAAUGACUGGAGGAGUCAAGGAUUCCGACAAAAAGUAGUCACACAAAUAGAAGAUGCCAUGCGGAAAGCUGGAACUGCUCACACCAAAUCCAGCACUGACAUGGAAAGUCAUGUGUUCGCCAAAGCCAAGAGUAGAGAGGAGUAUCUGUCCAUGGUUGCCAGGCUGAUCAUUCAUUUUAGAGACAUCCAUAAAAAAGCACAAGGAGGAGCAGAUCAGAUGAAUCCUCUACAGAAUCUAACAGGGAUAGGUGGUGCUGGAGGCCCUGGCACUAUUGGCAUGCCCCCCCGUCCUCCUAGUGCCGUCAUGGGUACCAUGGGAGCCAUGAACCAGAUGCAGAUAGGCCAGCACUCCAUGCAGGGAGUUGCAGGAAAUCAGCAGGGUGCUGGAGCAGCAGUGCAGUUGCAGAUUGCACAACAGCAGCAACAGCAGUCACUCCAGUUUCAGUUCCAGCAGAAUGCCAUGCAGCAGCAGAAUGCCAUGCAGCAGCAGAAUGCCAUGCAGCAGCAAAAUGCCAUGCAGCAGCAGCAGAAUGCACAUCAGCAGUUAAAACUGCAACAGCUACAACAACAACAACAGCAGCAGCAGCAGCCACAGCAACAGCAGCAGCAUCAUCAAAAUCAGUCACUGCAACACCAAAACCAGCAACAGCAGGCAGCACAACAACAGCAGCAACAGAACCAGUUGCAUCAGUCUCGACUUCAGCAGCAGCACUUACCAGUACAGUAUCAGCAACUCCAUCAACAACAAGUUCAUGUUCAGGCUCAGUCCAUUCAGCAUUUGCAACAACAGCAGCCCCAGCAAGGCCAGAUGCCCCCACAUUCCCAACCUCCCCCGCAGAUUCUUGUGCCCCAAUCACUGGCUAAUCAGAUGCCUCCUGGGCAGCACCAGCCCAUUAGUAACCUAAGCCAGCAGCAACAGCAUCAACUGAAGCUUCAGCAGGCCCAGCAUGUUCUCCAGCAGGCUAGAGUUUUGCAACAGCAACAACAGCAACAGCAGCAGCAACAGCAACACCAGCAGCAGGCAGUUCAACAAUCCCAGCAGACAGCAGCAGCUCAGGCCCAGCUUGUUUCUGGCUCGAUGAUGCCCCGUGCUGGGAUACAAAUGCCACCCCGGUUGCCCCGCGCCAUUCCGAACUCAGCCAUUCCUCCAAACCCUGCUGCCAUGGGAGGACAGCAAAUGCCACAGGGUCAGCAAAUGUCCUCACCAUCUCCUGUUCAGGUGCAGACACCCCAGCCCCCGAUGCCACCACCCCCCCAGCCUCAACCCUCUCCACAGCCGAUCUCCUCACAACCCAAUUCUGUCAGUUCUGGUCCAACUCCAUCCCCAGGAGGUUUCCAGCCCAGUCCUUCCCCACAGCCUUCCCAGAGUCCAGCCACAGCACGUACACCACAGAGUUACCCAAUGCAAGUGCCGUCUCCUGGACCUCUCAGCACUCCAGGUAACCCCAGCUCUGUGAUGAGUCCAGCGAGUGCAUCCCAGUCAGAGGACCAGCUGUACAUGGACAAACUCAAACAGCUCUCCAAGUACAUUGAACCACUGCGCAGGAUGAUUAACAAGAUUGACAAAAAUGAAGAAAGGAAGAAGGAUUUGAGCAAGAUGAAAAGUCUGCUAAAUAUUCUCACUGAUCCCAACACCAGAUGCCCCCUUAAAACACUACAGAAAUGUGAAAUAGCCUUGGAGAAGCUCAAGAAUGACAUGGCAGUGCCCACUCCUCCUCCUCCAACAGUGCCUUCCAAAAAGCAGUACCUGUGCCAGCCACUGCUUGAUGCUGUCUUGGCCAACAUCCGCUCACCAGUUUUCAACCACUCUCUCUAUCGAACGUUUGCACCCGCAAUGACGGCCAUUCACGGACCGCCCAUCACAGGGCCCAUCAUUCCAACUCGGAAGAGGAAGUACGAGGACGAUGAUCGCCAGACUAUCCCAAACAUCCUGCAGGGGGAGGUUGCACGCCUUGAUUCUAAAUUCCUUGUCAAUUUGGAUCCAUCUUUUUGCAGCAACAAUGGAACUGUGCACCUCAUCUGCAAACUGGAUGACAAGACUCUUCCAAGUGUUCCUCCUCUCCAACUGAGCAUUCCAUCAGACUACCCUGAGCAAAGCCCUCAGUGGGACAACGAUGAUCAACAGUAUGAGGCAAACCCAUUCUUGAAGAAUGUCCACAGGAACAUGACGUCCAAACUGCUGCAGCUUCCCGAUAGGCACUCAGUCACAGCUCUGCUCAACACAUGGGCACAAAGUGUGAGGCAGGCGUGCCUUUCUGCAGCCUAAUCAUGGCACCAAGUGUUCCCUUGCAGCAUAGAACUCAAUAUUUCUGUCAUAUGCGUUUCAUAAUCAGCUCAUAUUUGUAAAGGACCGCUUAAACACUGGUGUAGGUAAAGGUGUUUUUAGUAACAGUAAUAAAUAAUGCAUUUGCUUCACUGUGUAGUGUACAAUAAGGUUUAUAAAGCAUCUGAUAUAGUCAAGCUCCCUGCAAACAAAAUGUGUUAAUCUUGUCCGGACCAUACCUUGCUAAAGCCAGUAACCGCGUUCUUUUCUGACUUUCAACGUUGAAGACACAGUCAUUUGGAAUUGUCUUCAUCAGAAUCUGUUUAAGAGACAGGACUUGAGCAUAUUUAAAGGCAUUUAAUUGGAUGCAUGAACUUUACUGCAGAAAGAGUCUUAUUUAUGUGCUGUAUUUGACUCUUACACAAUUUCAACUGUAUUCCUUGCUGAGGCAUUAUGGGUAAUGUUAAACUUAGGAGCAGUAGACAGAGUUUUUUUCUUAUCAAAUUCAUCACUGUUUUUAUCAUAUGCAUGUUGUAAGGACACAUACAUUAUGCCAAUAUCUUAUUUUCUAACACCUUGCUGUAAAUAAAAAAAGAUAUUGCUGUGUUCUCAUCUGAAACAACAAAUAUCUUUUUGAUUUUUCUUUUUUACAAUAAAAAAUAAACGUAUAGAAAUGAAUGGAAUCAAAAAC